AUGUACUACAAGUCACUUUUCCCUGACCUUCCGAAGGUCCCCGAAUCGAAUGUUCACCACCUGCUCUUCAACCGACCUGACCAGAAGGAGUGGCCAGAUUACACUUUGUUUGUGAAUGUGACUACUGGUCAGCGGCGUUCGUUCAGGGAGUUUGUCGAGCGUGUUCGCGAUGGCGCUACUGCACUGGGCACUGAUGUAGCACAGGGUGGCCUAGAGCUUGUAGGCAUUCUGAGCGAGAACUGCUCGGACUAUAUCGCCCUGAUGCACUCGCUACUCGUUAUCACAGUCCCAUUUGUGUUGUUCUCAUCCUACUCAACACCGUAUGAGUUCAAACACGCCAAUUCGCUGGCCCAGGCGACUCGGAUUUUUGCCAGUCCUUCUCUAUUGCCGCUCGCUUUGACUUCGGGUCUCCCAGCUGGUCGAAUUUACCUCCUAGAAGGGGAGAUCAAAGGCUACACAAGCUUUGACCAGCUCGUCUCCUCCGCUCGAGAGAAUGGUAUUCCACGACUGCCAGUCCGUCAUGCAACCAAGGACACUCUGGCCUACCUGAUCUAUUCCAGUGGGACAAGCGGCCCUCCUAAAGCCGUCAUGACAUCCCACGGAAAUAUCACGUGUUCCACCCUUGGAACGAUGGUAAACGUUAUGGAAAUGGCUAAAGUUCAAGCUCCACCAGUAUGGAAUACCCCUGACGGGCUUCGGGUAACGUUUAGUGUCCUUCCGGUCCAUCACACUCUCGGCCUCUACACGACCGGUUUUUAUUCCUUCCUUAAACCUUCAACGAUUGUUCAUGCUCCCCAAGUGGAACAUCGAUUCAUUCUUCGACAGCGUCCCGAAUACCGAUACCAUAUCACGACCAUAUUUCUCGUCCCCUCACUUAUACACCAGCUCGUUCACCAUCCGCGCUUCAAAACUACUGAUAUGAGCUCGGUCAAGUCAGUCGCCAGCGGUGCCGCAUACCUCCCGUCCCAGCUCGCCAACCAGCUUUCCGCUCGCUUCCAAGACAUGGAAAGAACAAUGGUCAUCGCCAUGAAGCCCAUACCUGGCAUGCUCAACGGGCGCGCCAAGAACAAGCCCGGCUCUGCCGGAAUUCUCGUCCCCGGCGUUGAAGCUCGCAUUGUCCGUCCAGACGGAUCCCCUGCGGGUCCGAACGAGCCGGGUGAACUCCUCGUCCGCGGGGGCGCUGCGGCGCUGGGAUACAAGGGAAAUGACAAGGCGACACGGGAAACGUUUGUUGAUGGGUGGGUGCGCACGGGCGACCAAAUGCGGAUCGAUGAGGACGGGGUGCUUUUCUUCGAAGACCGCACCAAGGACACGCUCAAAAUCUCAGGGAUGCAAGUCUCCCCUGUCGAAAUCGAGAACACGAUCCUGGCGCAGCCGGACAAGCUCAUCACUGACGUGUCCGUCGCGGGCGUUUCGGGUGGGCGUACCCGCGACGAACGCGUCCCGCAUGCAUGGAUCGUGUUAUCCCCGACGGGCACGGCGCUGGGUGAGAAAGAGGUCGUGGCACGGCUCGAUUCGUGGGUGCAGGAGCGGCUGAGUCGGUACAAGUGGUUGAGGGGUGGCAUUAAGAUUGUGGAGACGAUUCCGAAGUCGCCAACUGGGAAGGUGUUGAGGCGAGUGUUGGUGGAGGAGUAUGAAAGGCAGGCGAAGGCGAAACUGUGA